GAUAGCGCGCCUGAUAAGCAGACUGCUGUUAGUGCGCAUGUGCGCACAAGUAUUUAUAAUAUCUUGCUAUGUGCGUGAACCGUUGAUUGUAGAUGUAACCAGGAGCCCGUAAGCUGCGGGCAAUAAACACCGUUUUCCUGUUGAUCCCUUGCCUGGUCACCCACUGACAUGAGAUACAACACUGGCGACGAGGGUGGGACCCGAAGGCCGCUGUCAGUUUGGUGAAGAAGGCAAGUCUUUUCAAAGUCAGCCUCUGUUCCAAGUUGGACUUUGAAGAAUGCUGAUUUUGCGGCUGUCUUAGCAUGGAUAACAAAGAAGCGACAAUGCAGUCGACUGGACAGCUUGGCCAGAUGGAGUCAUUUGAUGUUACCGCAAGUGACUGGACGGCAUACAAGGAGAGGUUGACAUCUUUUCUGAUUGUCAACAAGGUUCCUGACAGCGACAAGGUGCACGCAUUCCUCAGCAUCAUCGGCCCGCGAACGUAUGGGCUGCUGAAGUCGUUGACGGCGCCUGACCUGCCGUCGGCUAAAAGUUUCGAACAGCUGAAGAGCAUCUUGGACGCCCACCUGGCCCCAGUGCCGUCCAUAAUCGGUGAACGAGCCAAGUUUUACCGCAGAACACAGCAGGAAGGUGAGCCCCUGCCGGAAUAUGUUGCCGAACUUCGCAAGUUGUCUCAGACCUGCCAGUUUGGAGCCAGUUUAGACGAAGCGCUGCGGGAUCGUUUCGUGUGCGGACUGCUCCGUGAGGACGUGCAGCGAGUACUUUUUACCGAGGGCGACACAUUGACGUUCUCGAGAGCAGUGGACCGCGCGCUGGCCAUGGAAGCAGCCCGGAAGAAUGUCGCCGAGACUCGAGUCGUGGAAUCAUUGGCCACACAGCUGCACAAAGUUGAAGACGACAAUAGAGAGGCACAUGCUGAUCUGUACGAGGUGCAAGCGAGAGCUGGUAAGCCGCUACCAGUUUGUUACCGCUGCGGUUCCCCGAGCCACACUCAUGCAGUAUGCCCUCACAUUAACGAUACCUGUUUUAAGUGUUCGAAGAAAGGACACAUUCAAAGAGCCUGUCGGAGCAGCAACAGGCAAUCUCAUGACGGGUAUAAGAAAAAACGGAGCCUGAAAACGCUAAAAGUUGUGGCACAGGAGCCGACUAUCAGCAUUUCCAAACAAGGGGCUGCCAGCCGCGCUCCCAUUUUUGUUAAACUAAAUAUAAAUGAUGCACCGGUAGAAAUGGAACUCGACACGGGAGCUGCAGUGUCAAUCAUGCCUUUCAAGCAGUUCAAGAAGCGGCUUCCUUCUACCAGCUGCCGAUCAACUGACGUCACCCUACGCACCUAUACCGGAGCUCUCGUCCGACCUUGUGGCGUCGCGGUUGUCAACGUGCAGCAUAGUGGACGGACGGCGCAGCUGCCGCUCUACCUCGUCGACCAAGCAGGACCACCACUGCUAGGACGAGAAUGGCUACACACACUGCGUCUGGACUGGGACAGUAUUUGGGGUCUGAACUACAUCUCAAGGGGACAGCCAAAAUGGAUGCCAGCAGUAGUAAUGGCCCAGACUGGACCAGUGUCUUUCAAGGUUCGUGUAUCAACCCCUUCAGGAUGCUUGGAGUGGCGGCGUCACAAGAACCAGUUGCUUCAAAGCACGACCGUGCCUGCGGAAAACGGCGUUCAAGACGACGAGUUCUCCGUGGGGCCACACAGCGACCUCGGAUCGGGAUCAGCUGCGGAAAACUCCGUGGAAGGCGGUGGGUUCGCCGUGGGGCCACACAGCGACCCCGGAUCGGGACAAGCCUUUUCGGUACCACCAGCUAGUGUUUCUCUCUCACCACCGACGUUACAGGCUGACACUGCACGGGGUGACGAUGAUCGACGCUACCCAAUUCGAAAUCGUCGACCACCUGAUAGGUUCCAAGCAGGAACGUGAACUUUGUUUCAUAAUAAAAGCGGAGGAAGUGUUGUGUCGGCGAUAGCGCGCCUGAUAAGCAGACUGCUGUUAGUGCGCAUGUGCGCACAAGUACUUAUAAUAUCUUGCUAUGUGCGUGAACCGUUGAUUGUAGAUGUAACCAGGAGCCCGUAAGCUGCGGGCAAUAAACACCGUUUUCCUGUUGA